UGUGGCACACAAGAGGAGCAGUCUGUGUGUGUCUGUGGAUAAAGAAGCAUAUUACUGGAAUAGUAAAGUUGUAGAUUCUGCAGUUCAGGAUGAAGAUCUUGGUUUUUCUGGCCCUCCUGGGUCUACACAGCGCAGCAGCAGUGACUCACUCUCUGAAGUAUUUCUACACUGCGUCCUCUCAAGUCCCAAACUUCCCAGAGUUUGUGGUUGUCGGGAUGGUUGAUGAUGGUCAGAUGAUUCACUACGACAGCAACACCAUGAAAGCAGUAGCCAAAAGGGACUGGAUGAACACAUUUUCAGCAGAUAAUCCACAGUACUUGGCAGGUCAAACUGACAUUUUUGUGGGUUCCCAGCAGUGGUUCAAAGGCAACAUUGAAAUUGCAAAGCAGCGCUUCAACCAAACUGGAGGUGUCCAUGUUUUCCAGUGGAUGUACGGCUGUGAAUGGGACGAUGUGACUCAAGAUGCUAGUGGAUUCAUGCAGUAUGGUUAUGAUGGAGAAGACUUCAUAGUGUUUGACCUGAAGACUCUGACAUGGAUCGCUCCAAAACAACAGGCUGUCGUCACCAAACAGAAAUGGGAUGAAAGCAAAGCUCAGUCAGCCAGAUACAAGAACUACAUCACCCAGGAGUGUGUUGACUGGCUGAAGAAGUAUUUGGACUACGGGAGGAGCUCUCUGAUGAGAACAGAGCGUCCCUCCACACAUUCUCUCCUCCAGAAGACUCCCUCCUCUCCAGUCAGCUGCUUCGCUACAGGUUUCUACCCUAACAGAGCCGAGAUGUACUGGAGGAAAGACGGACAUCAGAUUCAUGAGGACGUGGAACGUGGAGAGAUCCUCCCCAACCAUGAUGGAUCCUUCCAGAUGAGUGUUGAGCUGGAUGUUUCAAAAGUCGCACCUGAAGACUGGGGGAAGUAUGAAUGUGUGUUUCAGCUCUCAGGUGUGAAGGACGACAUCACCAUCAAACUGGAUGUGAUCAGAUCUAAAGGAGGUUUCCCUCUUGUUGUUAUCGGAGUUGUUGUUGGUGUUAUACUGCUGCUCCUGGUAGUCGGCAUCGCUGGAUAUUUCCUCUGGAAGAACAAGAAGGGAAAGGAAGGGUUCAAACCUGCAAGCACUUCGGACAGCGGCUCUGACAACUCUCUGCCACUGAAUCAAAAAGCCUGAAUAACAAACACACCAACCUGCACACAGUUUACGGAUGAAUCGUGCACUGGAACAAACAUAGAUCCCAAAUUCUCCAGUUCAUCUGUAAAACUGAAUGAAUUAGUUUUAAUCAUUCAUGAUAUCAAUUUAGAAUUAGAGUUGAAGAGUUAAAAUCUGGUCAAUCUUUGUGAUUACUAAAAUUGUAUUACAACUUAAAAUACCAAUUUAAAAGACAUAUUUGUCCUAAAAAUAUGGCAAACAUUUUAGAGAGAUUAUCAAACUUAAAAUCUGAUGUUAAAUUAUUUUGAUCAUGCAUUUUGAAAUAAACAAAACAACCUUUCGCUCACAAAAUGAAUUCUUCACUGAUGGUAAAAACAAUCAGAUUUUUAUUUGGAGAGACGUAAAGCCAGACGUGUCAGAAAACCAAAGCAUCACAUCGCUCCUCAUAUAUACACAUAAAUAAAUAAUACACAAUAUGCAUAGUUCAUCUGGUGGUGGGUUUUACCUGGUA